CCUCCCGAACCCCACCCCCGAAAAUUUCCCACUUCCCUCGUCCUCCAUUCGAUUCUUCCCACUCCGCCGCUUCGCCUCGCUUCCUCCGCCGCCCCCCAUGGCCGACGCCACCGCCACCACCGCCCAGAACCCCAACCCCCUCAACCUCACCCUGCCCCCAUGGCUAAGCGGGCUGCGCUGCCCCUUCACCUUCCUCUGCCCGCCCCCUCCUCCCCCUCCCCCUCCUCCCUCGCCCCCGCCGCCGCCGCCGCCCCCGCCCCCGGAGCCGGUGGUGCCGCGUUCGCGGGGGCUACCGUUUCUGCGCGUGACCACGGAGUACGACAGCGAGGAGGGCGUGUUCUCGAACAAGGUGUCGUGCAAGCUCGCGGGGGGGCUCGCCAAGCUGCGACUCUCCUUCCAGAGCGACCCGCAGGGACAGUGGCAGGGGGAUGGGGAGCAGGACCUGCGGCAGCAGCUCUUCGCCGCGCCGCUUGUGGGGCUCAUCACCAAGCACUUCUCCGUGCUCUUCGACGUCGAGGGACGCAACGCGCUGCUCCGCGGCGACGCCUCGCUCCCCGGCGGUGCCGUUCAGCUCCGCGCAUCGCACGAUGUCAAGGAGCAACAAGGAGAAGUUUCAGUGAUAACUAGGUUGGGUGAUCCGUCUUAUAAACUCGAGCUAUCAUCCCUGGUGCCUUACAGUAGUCUGCCAAGGGCGACAUUCCACUUUCCAAUUGGUCAAGUUUCAGUGGAAGAGAGGAGAAAUGAAGACGAGGAGAAAAUAUUGUCUAUAUAUGGGAUUGCAAAAUCUGAUUUUUUGGAUGGUGUUCUUACUGCACAGUACAAUGAGAAUGAUCUUUAUCUAAGAUAUUGUUAUAAGGACAAUGAGUUAACUUUAAUUCCAAGCGUCUACUUGCCUUCCAAUGCUGUAUCCAUAGACUUCAAAAGGCGUUUUGGUCCUUCUGAUAAGUUGAGCUAUCAUUACAACUUUGACACUGAUAACUGGAAUGCUGUUUAUAAGCAUACAGUGGGUAAAAAUUUCAAAGUGAAAGCUGGUUAUGAUUCUGAUGUGCGAGUUGGAUGGGCUUCCCUUUGGGUUGGACAAGAAGGGGGCAAAGCGAAGACUGCACCAAUGAAGACAAAACUUCAGUUUAUGCUUCAAGUACCUCAGGAUAAGAUCCGAAAUCCUGCUUUCCUAUUUCAUGUGAAGAAAAGAUGGGAUCUGUAACCUGGUGCACCUAUCCGUUCGUAUGGAGACCCCGGCGCUUGGUGUUGAGGCUUAGGCCAACUUUUUGUUGUAAACUGCAUAGGUCAGCACUGGCUAGUCAUUUCAUGAACCCUUCCUAUUUAUUCAUGUACUUUCACAUGUUGUGCAUAGUAUCCAGCACCAGAGGCAACCUGACUUCAUAAAAGUAGUGUAUUGUGGAUCGAGGUACAGCCCGCACAUUCUUUUAAGCAUGAUUGUCUUGGCCACUGGGACGCCUUGUUCUUAUUUUUUGACGCUUUAAUCGGUUGGGCUCAGAAGCUGAGGCUCCAUUCAAAUCA